CUGCAUAGCUCGCUGACACGAAAUAAGAAAAGCAAAAGGCCCAGACUUCACCGCUCCGGCGAGCUCGAGUUACCUCGUCUCCUGUUAAAACGGUCUCCCCCGUUUGGUGCUUCUUUCCGUCGCAGCACUCGCUCAUAGCCUUGACCAUUUGUCGAUCGUUUCGCUUCUUAGAGAGUGUACAGGCCCAGAUCCUUCUCAGAUCAGACGAUCGCAUCAGCGGGAUUUCCUUGUAAGGUAGAAGCGGGUCUGGCUGGCUGCUGGGUUGGCCUGCAGGGCCGGUGAUAGGAAUGCAGUUGCCAAGCAAAUGCAGGUGCAGGGGAGGACGGGGAUGUUGUGAAGCAGGAAGAAUGUGGCGGCUGUGAAGGGGGUGACGAGAGGAAGAGGAAGAGCAAGGGACGAUGAGUAGGAGCUGCUGCUCCUACGUUGCGUUCGGUUGAUUCGAAUGGGUUAUGGUAUAUGAUGAGUAGUUAGAUGAGGAGCUGAGCGCGAGAGGGAUCAGAUUUUGCGAAGGAGCAGCGGACCUGUGCCCCGUCGUUGCUCUUCUUCUCAGCACGGAGUGGGAAUGUCAUCAACGGGUCGUCAACCGUAGCGAGCGCGGCGUUCAACUCUUGCAUUGGUGCGGAACUCAUGCAGUGUAGUGAAGAUCAAUGCAGAGUUGGAGCUGGGGAAAUGUGCCACCUGUGGCGAUUGGCAAAUUUUCCGAAGACGGCAAGGGCCACCAAGUUUCACCGGUGUCGACACCGGCAUCAACUGAGGGCUCUGAUGAUGGAAAGUUGACACUCAAAGACCGGCGGCUCGCUUUAGAGCAAGAAGUUAGCAAGCUACGGAAGAAGCAUGCGCAGGAGGUGAAUCUGCACAAGGCCUUGGAGAGAGCUCUGCAGCGGCCCGUCGGAGUUCUGCCCCGUAUUCCAUCGUAUCUUCCUGCAAAGAUUCAAAAGCUGUUAGCAGAAGUCGCCGUCUUGGAGGAGGAAGUUAUUCGAUUAGAGGAUCAUGUCGUGUACUUGCGCAAUGAGCUCAACGAUGAAGCUCAACAGGUCAAUUCGUGGGGGACGCAGAAGCAGCCCAAUAACUUCAAUGCUGCGAACAAUGCCAAGAGUCACGUCAACGACUUGAGCAAGCCAAAUCACCUGACUAAGAUUCGCUUGAAGAAAGAUGCAUCUGUUCCUGUUAAGGAACCUCCCGUCAAGGAAGUCACCAAGGAGGUCAAGGAUGCGAGUAAAUUUUCGUCCACUGGUCGCAAGAAGGCUUCCACCGACUCAAAGGAUGCGAAGAAGAGUGAUCAACCUGUCGCCAAGCUGCUCAUGUCUUUCAAAUCCAACUCUUCAAAGGAGGGUAAGGAGGACAAGAAGGACAGGGAUCAUAAGAAUGAGAAGGAUCACAAGGACAAUUCCAAGGAGCACAAAGAUGGCAAAGAGUCCAAAGAGAGCUCGAAAGAGCCUGCGAAAACGGUAUCGCCCACGAAGAGUACCAAGAGUCCUCGUCGAGCGGGAGCUACAGGAAAAUCUGCCGCCCCAACGCUGACGCCUGCACCCACUGCCGUCACUGCCCGCAAGGCCCCGGUGAGUGAGGUGCUCUCGAGAUUCCAAGGCAUGCAACAGCCUUGGAAACCAUCAGGGACCAAUGCGAAGAACAACAAUCUUCUCCGGCAGUUCAAUUCGCUCGGUUGGAAUGAUAAGCAGCCGCAUCUCACGAAACAGCAAUCCACAUCCAGCCCUCGUUUCAAUGCGGGAUCUAACAGCUCAGGCAGCUGGCUCGACAGACCGAUUUCGGCUCUGCCCAAGGCAGAUAGUUCUAGUCCCCGAGCUGGUGCAAGGAACCCCUUCUCCGGGGGUUCGAACACAAGAUUGUGGGAGAAGGAGAAUUUGCAGAGCUCUGCAGCAGCGAAAAUCGCGUCGAGAAGUCCCCGAGCCUCGAAACUCGGCUUUAGCGUGGACUUCGAAUCAUCUAAUGUGGAUCGCAAGUCUACCAUAGCAAGCAAGGCCCUUCUGGCGGCAGUUCAACCAGCGAGUAAGAUGGCCUUCACAAGCGCCCCAAAAGACGCACCCACUAUCGAACCCAACCGACUGUCCGAGGAGCUGGUGAAGUGCUUAGUCAACAUUUAUAACAAAUUGGCCAAGGUUCCUGCUGCAGAUGCGAAGGGCAGUAAAUCUGGGUCGAAAACACCAGUCCACGCCUCUGCUUCUCGGAGCAACGGUCACAAGUCAGGCGAAGACACGGCACCUGUAACUGACUUCUACGGUGUCUGCAAAGACCAUCCCCGGGAUGUUGGUCCUUACAAACACAUUCAUGAAAUUACAGUGGACACAAUCGACAGCAGUGGCAUUGGCAGCUGUACUGCUCUAUACAAAAAGCUCGGAUCACUGAUGGAGCAGCUGGAGAAGGCGGACCUUCAAGCAUUAUCUCACCACGAAAAGUUGGCAUUUUGGAUCAACAUUUACAACGUUUGCAUGAUGCACGCAUUUUUGGAGCGCGGGAUUCCUAGCAGCCCGUCGAAGGUGGUUGCUCUCAUGCGCAAGGCAGUUGUGAACGUAGGGGGUUACGUGCUGAACGCUUUGACCAUCGAACAUUUUAUUCUUCGACUACCCUGUCGACCGAAGAAUGUCCGAACAUCUCCUUGGCGGCAUUUUCAACGCGCCGAGGCCGCCACCCCAACCAUGGCUUUUAUGAAAAAUGCUGGGAUGGAAGAAAUUAUUGAGCGCAGUGCGUAUGGGCUCGAUUGGCACGAGCCUCUCGUUACUUUUGGACUCUGCUGCGGCAGCCGAUCGUCCCCCGCCCUCCGAGUAUAUACAUCGGCUGCUGUAGAGCAAGAGCUGGAAACAGCGAAACGAGAAUACCUCCAAGCGGCAGUGGGCGUGAACGCGCAAGACAAGAUUUUACUCCCCAAGCUCCUGGAGUGGUACAUGCGCGAUUUUGCCAAGGAUAUGGAGUCCUUAUUAGAGUGGGUAUGCGGGCAGCUGUCCAGUCCACUUCGAGAAGCCGUCCAAGAAUGCUUAAACCACCCAAGAGAGGGUGUACUGUCACACUCCAUCGAAGUGAUGCCGUAUGACUUCAAUUUCCGUUAUAUUUUCCUGAUUUGAUCACAUCAACAUACACAUAACCUCACCUUAAGUUCGCUGCAACUUACAAUUCAUUCCAGGAUAUAUUUCCUACUAACAGGUGUGAUACACCAUCAACAACAACAGCAGCAGCAGAUGAAUCUUAGACUCCACCACGACGAGCAGAUUCCCCAAUUGUGCAGAGCAAUGGCUUGCGAGAAUGCCGUGAUCCCAGACAUCCUUGCUCUGACAACGCUUCUUCGACAGACGGAGGUCGUGGCAGAGUAGCAUUCUGGUCGCGAAAGUGGGAUCUUUUUAGUUACCCCACCCGAUCGACGACCAGAUUGGGAGCAAUUUCUCCACAGUAGGACUGACUAGUAUCAACGCACUGCAUCCAAAUGCCAUUUCAAGUAUCUACGGUAGCAUCAAGGCUGCCAACUAUCAGCUUCAGCACAAAAAUGUAUUCAAAAGAAAACCUCAUGGUGGGUUCUUCAACACCCCACGAUACAAUACCGUCACAGUAGCUAGCUUAGCUAGCUCGCCAUUUGUUUAAGUCUUGUAUAAUUGUAACAUUUUUGAAUGUUUGUUCGGGAUCGUGUUUUAACACCCAUUAUCUCCUUUCCCAAGUGAAUAAAAUAUCAGUUCUUGUCUCUGCGCAUUCAUUG